AGUCUCAAACAGCGACUCGUUUUGAAGCAUCUCAGAAGCUGAUUUGAAGGUGGCUUCUAAUAGAGGGCCGUCAGCCGUGAAGGCACAUGGCAGCUGCUAUCAUCGUCGUCGCCGGAGAGAAGCGGCGGAGUAAGAGAAAAUCGGUAGAUUUGAGGGCAGAGUCAGGUCAGUUGGAGUUGGAUGCAGAUCAGGAUGGAACUAUUUCACCCGCGGAGCUCCUCACAGAUUUUCAAGGUGUGCAUGUGAGAGCGGACAUUUUGUUGGAGCGGGUGAAAUUAGAAGAUGGACUUCUUGGCUUCCUGCAGCAGAUGCCACUCUUUUUGCUGUGCCUGCUCUGCUUUUUAGUUGCCAUCAGUGUCCUCAGCCCAGCCGCAGAGACCUCGGCCAUCCAUCAACAUUUGGAGUCCCACUUUCAGUUGGAUCAAGUUGCCUCCAUCACUGACGAGCACGGAAUCUAUGAAUUCUUGAAAUCCUUCGAGGCCCAAAACGUGGCGAUGAGGCCCACCUCUUCCAACUAUUGGUGCGAACAUCGCUACUUCCAAUAUGCUUGGGAUGAUCACUACCAGAUUCCAACUACGACCUGCAACAGCCCAAGGUACACAGCGCUUGGACUGCAAUCUGCUCCAGUUUGGACCAACGGAAGCGGAACCAGCACCAGUGGCGGUCACCGACGUUUGGGCGGGGAAACAGGCAACGGAUCUUCUCCCACCCAUGAUUAUCCUCCUUGUGAGGACAAUGACACCGCGUACCAAAUUGAGGAAGACAAACCAAAUAUCACAUGUCAUGAAGAUGCGGCCCAUGCUUGCUCCAUCGACCUGGGUAUCACACUCUGUCCACGGACAUGUGGGUAUUGUGCGCCCUUCGAGUACGAGAAGAUGAAGAGGUACGGGAAGCCACAAGUCACACUUCUUCCUUCUGUAAUCUACCAAACCCGCUUACAAGAAACAGAAUGCCAUGGCUUUGCAGCAACCGUCCAGCAGCAAAACUACAACCCGUUGCUCUCCUUGAUGCCGGCAAUGGAUGGAAAACGCAAGGGCAAUUUGCUUACAUGCAUUGAUCGCUCUGCACAACAAGACUCAGAAUAUGCCCUGUAUUUGGACUGUCCAGAGCACACGCCCAGCCAUCGUUGCACAGAUGGCAAGGUGGGCAUUGGUGCCAAGCAGUCCUUCCACGGAGACAUCGUCUAUGCUGAGAUGCUGAUCGAAAGCGAAAAGACCUUGACAGCUAUGGAGAAGGUCGGAUAUAUUGACAUCCAAACGGAUACCAUCUCUGCGAGCACCAUGGUUUACACGGAGCUCCUGGAGAUGUUCACAGCUUUGACCGUGGAGUUCAGCUUUGACUACGCUGGCAAUGUGGAAGGAUCUGUGCAGAUGGUGACGUACAAGGACCUCAUCCGGGACGAUGCAUCGGCCUUUGUGGGAUGUUUAACGACGACAUGUGUUGGAGCUUUCAUCAGUGUGGUGUCCUUGGUAGCCUUUUUGUGCUGUCAUCCCGACAAGUACAAUUUGGGUCUCAUGCUCUAUGAGAUCAUUUCUCGGUUGGUUCUCUUCAUAUAUCCAUUGAUCUUGCUGAUCAGUUGGACACAACAACAACCCAUGGCACAUGAGUAUGAUCUCUUGGUGCAGACCUUCCUGAACAACGAGGGCAUGGAUGCAGAGCACGUGAAGCACAGCUUAGCGGAGUACUUUAAGGUGAAAUCCGUGAUCUAUGAAGAGUCCUCGUGGCUGGAGCGUCAUCGGAUCGCAGCCUAUGUCGUUCUCUACGUGCAAUUCCUCCAGAUGGUCCUGGCUUUCAAUGUUCAUCCCAGGGUAGCGAUGCUGACAUCAACCAUACAGAAGGCCCUCUUCAAUAUGAUGCAUUUCUUCUUUGUCUUUGCCAUCCUCUUUUUGAUGCUUGCCUUCAUGGCAAACUUCCUCCUGGGUGGCCGGAUACACCUGUUUGGCACCUUUGGUGGAGCCUGCUCUGCGCAGGUUCGAAUGCUUUUUGGCGAGUUCAUCUAUGCUGAUGGGGUGGAGGUGCUGUCAGGAUCAGCCCUGGUGAUGUAUUGGCUAUAUGCCAUAUCAUUCAUGCUCAUUGUCUUCUUCACCUUGCUGAAUUUCUUCUUGGCCAUCAUUGUGGAUGCUUUUGUGGAUGUCAAGAAUGAUUGUGGCACUUUGCGAUGCACUCAAAGUUUUUUUCGUGACCUUUGCACGAUGGUGGCAAGCUCGUACUUCCAAAGGAAAUACAAGCUACCUCCUCGAAAGCGAUUGGUGCAGUAUUUGACGGAGGUCAUGGAUGAUUUUAACCGCAGGCCCAAGGGCGAGCAGACCGAGGAGGGAAAGUUCCCACUACUUCCAGCCGAAGCGAUAGUGUCGGAGUUUGGUGUGGACAAGACCGGCCUUACUCAUUGGCUGUGCUGGAUUGAAACGAUGGCAACCGUGCCAGUGGUUCAUUACCAUUGUGAAGGAAAUGAGGGCACUCAGAGUCAGCCUGUCGACAAAGAAGAUAUACCUGAGGAGGCAAGGAGCAAAUUGAACACUCAAUCUGAAGAAUCUGAGAUCCUUGAGCAAAGGGUCAUGUAAUUAGUCGGGAGGCAGAAAUCCAUGCCUCUCCGGUGUGGUUGCAGGCACCACGAUCCUUGCAAAUCGCAAAGACAAGACUUACCAAACCACACAGGAGAAA